GGCAGUUCAAUGAGGUGGUAACUUUACGUCGCCAAAAUUUGCACUAACAUUGAACUUCUCAAAAACAUUCCGGGAAGAUUUUUGAACUUGAAAUAUUGUUUUAGCGUUCCAUAACGUCAUGCUUGUGUAUUGAAACGAUGACAGAUUCUAGCUAUUCGAAGAGUAUUGAAAUACCAAACGAUUUGGUGUUCAAGAAUCUGAAAAGUGCCAAGCGAUUCGCUAUCGAUAUUGGAGGUUCAUUAUGUAAGCUGGCAUACUAUUCUACUGUGAAGAAGAAGAGAAGUCUUGUCUCAGAUGAAGAUCUAGUGGAGGACAAACCAGGAAGUCAUAUAUACAAAGUAUCCGAGACUGAUGAGAUAGGGUACAAGCUCCAUUUUGUCAAGUUUGAGACCAAGUACAUAGAGGCGUGUCUAGAUUUCAUUCAGCAAGAUGUGAUUGGCGGCUGUCAUUUUCCUAAUAAGGUCAUCAAAGCAACUGGAGGAGGAGCCUACAAGUAUAAGGACCUAAUAACGCAGAAGCUGGGAGUUGAGGUUGACAAGGAAGAUGAGAUGGAAUGCUUGAUUAAAGGCUGCAACUUCCUCCUGAAUAACAUUCCUGAUGAGGCAUUCAUGUUUCAGAGACAUGAGAUGCCUGAGUACAGAUUUGAGCCAGUUGAUCCAAAUGUCUUCCCAUAUCUUCUAGUAAACAUUGGCUCUGGAGUGAGCAUACUAAAGGUUGAGUCAGAGAGCAAGUAUGAGCGUAUAGGUGGCACUUCCAUGGGAGGCGGGACCUUCUGGGGACUGGGCUCUCUGCUCACACAAGCCAAGGGGUUUGAUCAUCUACUACACCUGGCAGAGAAAGGAGAUCACCGCAAUAUUGAUAUGCUUGUGAAGGAUAUAUAUGGUGGGGCAUAUUCUGCAUUAGGGCUUCCUUCAGAUCUUAUAGCUAGUAGCUUUGGUAGGGCAGCUAGAUCUGCUGGAGGAACUGAAGAUGUUAGUCACAAACCAGAAGACAUUGCAAAGAGUCUGCUCCUAGGCAUCAGUAAUGAUAUUGGCCAAAUCGCCUACCUCAAUGCAAAACUACAUGGCUUAAAAAAGAUAUAUUUUGGAGGAUAUUUCAUUCGGGGCCAUCCUAUGACAAUGCACACCAUCACAUUUGCUAUCAAUUACUGGUCAAAGGGAGACAUCCAUGCUCUUUUCCUGAGGCAUGAAGGCUAUCUUGGUGCUAUAGGGGCAUUCCUCAAGGGCACUGAAGAAGCAGAUUCAGAGAAGUACUCCUGGAGAUGGUCAGAUAUGGAUGUGACAGGAUGGAAAGAGAAUUUGUAUUCCAGUUCGGGUCUUCCUAGCCCCCGUGCAUUUGAAAACCCCCUCCCCAGGGACAGAAGCUCCACCUUUGACAUGUUUGAGUUGGAUCGCUAUGAGAAACCACAGGUGCAUUUCCCAUUGCUGUUAGACCCAGCUAGUUACUUUCCUGAUACAGAGGACCUCACACAAGACCACCUUGCCAUGGAAUACUGGCUCAAUUGUUUCCAAGAUGCUAUAGAUGGGUUUGUCCAGAGGGCUAUAUCAAGUCAGCCGAAUACCAAAGAUGCUGUUGAAAGGGCCCACAAGUUCAAGGCCAACUAUAUACAGAAGUUGAAUGAACUCAGAGAAAAUCCUAUAUCUCAUGGGUCGCUAACAGUGAGGAGUUUACUAGACACGAGAGAGCAAUGUAUGGAGGAAUUUAAUUUCUCGGACCCCUUCUCAGAGCAAAAGCAGAAGGAGAACGAACACGCAUUGAAACAACUGAAGGAAUACCUCGAUACAUUGGACAAGAUGGAUUUGGACAAUCGCAACCUGUCACUCAUUGAAGGUCUCCUUGCAGGCAAUGUGUUUGACUGGGGAGCAAAGGAGAUUGCAGACAUUAUGGCUACAGGAAACUUUGGCUUUGAACAAGCAAAGAAAAAAUUGCAAGUGCGUCCUUGGUUAUUUGAUGAUUAUGAUGCCUGGGCUGAAAGACUAAAGGGUCCACCACAUAAAUGUGCCAUUAUAUUCUGUGAUAACUCUGGUAUGGAUAUCAUACUUGGAGUGGUUCCUUUUGCAAGACAGUUGUUAAUGAAUGGAACAAAGGUUCUACUGUGUGCUAAUUCAAGACCUGCCCUGAAUGAUGUGACACACAGUGAACUAAUCAUCCUCAUGAAGAAAGUGGCAGAGAUAUCCAGUGUCAUUGCAGGUGCCUUGCAAGAUCAGAAAUUGCAAGUUCUUGCCUCUGGACAAGGGUCACCUUGCUUGGAUUUAAGAUGUAUUGACCACGACCUGGCUGAGACACUAAAACAAAACGAGACAGACCUAGUGGUCAUAGAAGGUAUGGGACGUGCUGUUCACACCAACCUCCACUCUGCGUUCUCGUGUGAUUCUAUAAAAAUUGCCGUCUUAAAGAACCGCUGGCUGGCUGCAAGACUCGGUGGAGAAAUGUUUAGUAUUAUGUUCAAAUAUGAACGCUCAAAAAAAGUUCAAGUUAGCACUUGAUGAUGGACUUAUUUUAGCUUUACAAAGGUUCACAGUUUAUAGUGCCAAGACCGUCUUGAGUAUGAGUAACUUUUGAUUUAAUAUAAAUAUAAGAAUAACUAUGGUUGUGUAAAACACACAUGUAAUGUAUGUUUGAUCAUCUUCAUUUUGUGACAAUUGGUGACUAUAUGAGACUUCUACAGAAUUAUUCUACCACUAUAUACAGUGAUCUCCCCAGCAUUAAAGCAAAUGGGUGAUGC